GGAAUCCAAGUAAAACCCUGAAUAAGGACAAUUGUUUCAGAUCUAUUCUAUGAACUGAUAAUGAUACAACACCAUUUUUACUCAUGAAAACGAGGAAAACGUUGCUCGUUUCUCCACCGGAACAUUAACAUUUAACACAAACAAACGUGUCUGACCUACAUAACCUGAACCCCUCCGCCACGCACACAGAACAUUGUUACGAUCCGAUCGUGAAGGUUUCGUCAUCGUGGAUUCUGAUCCACAGUGCAACAAUUGCACCCGUCAUGCUUCGCAGAUCCCUCAUCAUCAUCCUACACUUGUCGUUGUUGUCGUUCGGAUAUGCGGAUCCCGCUCCCAAUUGCACUCGCCUCAGCUCCGUCGUCAAUUCGGAGUCGGAGUUCGAAAUGGUUCAACACCAACUCCGAGGAUCCCUGAAAAUCAGGGACGAUUGCUCCUUUAGGGUUUCCCAAUUCGACAUGCUUCCCGGUUCCGACGUCCACUGGUGGGGUGCGCAGGCUUCCGAUUUCGAUAACCUCACCGCCGGAUUCAUUGUUUCCAACUACGGAUUGAACGGAACCUACAACAACUCCACCUUCGAUGUGCAUUUGUUGAGCAAUGUUUCCUGGAGCAUGAUCAACGUCCUCGCCGUCUGGGAUCGUGCCACCGCCUCCGAUUUCGGCCACGUCGUGCUCCGCAAGGACGCCCCGGCGUCGCCUCCUCCUCCGACGGUGUUCGAGAAUUGCAAGGUUUUGUCGAAGAAUUUCAGGUUGAGGUGGAGUUUGAAUGUGUCCGAGGAUUCUCUUGAAAUUGGGUUGGAGGCCGCGACUGGGAUCACCAAUUACAUGGCUUUUGGGUGGGCUAAUUCCAGUGCUCAAGAUUCUGAUCUCAUGAUUGGUGCUGAUGUUGUCGUUGCAGGGUUUAAGGAAGAUGGUAUGCCCUUUGUGGAUGAUUUUUUCAUUACUAAGUAUAGUGAGUGUGUGAGAAAUAGUGAUGGAGUUGCUCAAGGGGUAUGUCCUGAUUCCUUUUAUGAAGGCCCUGAUGGGGUGGGUUUAGUCAACAAUUCAAUGUUGGUUUAUGGCCAUAGGAAGGAUGGGGUGACCUUUGUCAGAUACCGCAGGCAUUUGACUAAGGUCGAUGGAAAGUAUGAUCAUCCCGUGAACCAUUCAGCGAAUAUGAAGGUUAUUUGGGCUUUGGGGCGUAUCAAGCCUCCUGAUUCUAUUAAUCCUUACUAUCUUCCUCAGAAUCAUGGGGCCGUGAAUUAUGGCCAUUUGGUUUUGAAUGUCUCGGAGCAUGUGAAUGAGUGUACAGGUCCCUUGGAUGCUGAAGACAAAGAAGAUCAAGGUCUCAUCACUGCAGAUGCAAAUGUUCCCUUGGUGGUUUCUUCUGCUCCGGCAAUGCAUUACCCCAACCCUCCAAAUCCUGAAAAGGUUCUUUAUAUCAACAAAAAGGAAGCUCCUGUCUUGAGAGUGGAAAGAGGGGUGCCGGUCAAGUUUUCGAUCCAAGCCGGGCACGAUGUUGCACUUUAUAUUACUUCGGAUCCGCUUGGUGGAAAUGCUACCACGAGAAAUCUGACUGAGACUAUUUAUGCUGGAGGUCCAGAGGCCCACGGAGUUCAAGCCAGUCCUACAGAAUUAGUUUGGGCUCCUGACAGGAACACUCCUGAUCACGUCUACUAUCAUUCCUUGUUCGACCAGAAGAUGGGUUGGAAGGUCGAGGUGGUUGAUGGGGGUCUAUCGGACAUGUAUAAUAACAGUGUCAUUUUGGAUGAUCAACAGGUUACCUUCUUUUGGACAUUGUCAAAGGAUUCCAUAUCUAUUGCAGCUCGUGGCGAGAAAAAAAGUGGUUAUAUUGCCAUAGGGUUUGGAAGUGGAAUGGUGAACAGCUAUGUGUAUGUGGGUUGGAUUGAUGAUACUGGUGUGGGACAUGUAAACACUUAUUGGAUUGAUGGAAAGGAUGCUUCAAGCAUACACGGCACGCAGGAAAAUUUGACACAUGUGAGAUGCAAAACAGAAAAUGGCAUCAUUACUUUUGAGUUUACUCGUCCCUUGGACCCGUCUUGUAGGCGGGAAAAGAGGGUAGAAUGUAAAAAUAUCGUUGAUCCCACAACUCCUCUCAAAGUUGUUUGGGCAAUGGGUGCUAAAUGGACUGAUGAUCAUCUUACUGACAGGAAUAUGCAUUCUAGUACAAGUAAUAGGGCUAUUCUUGUACACCUGAUGCGUGGUUCAGCAGAGGCGGAGCAGGAUUUACUUCCUGUUUUGGCUGUGCAUGGAUUUAUGAUGUUUGUUGCAUGGGGUAUCCUGUUUCCUGGAGGGAUAUUGGCAGCCAGGUACUUAAAACAUCUCAAGGGCGAUGGAUGGUACCGGAUUCAUGUUUACUUGCAAUACUCAGGGUUAGUAAUUGUUCUGCUUGCCCUUCUUUUUGCUGUGGCUGAGCUUAGGGGAUUUUAUUUCAGCUCAACUCAUGUUAAAUUUGGAUUUGCUACUAUAUUGUUGGCUUGCAUACAGCCAGCAAAUGCUUUCCUAAGGCCUCCAAAACCAGCCAAUGGGGAGCAGGCAUCCUCCAAGAGGGUUAUUUGGGAGUGUUUUCACACAAUUGUUGGUAGAUGUGCCAUUGUUGUUGGCAUUGCUGCACUUUUUACUGGGAUGAAGCAUCUAGGAGACAGAUACGAUGUGGAAAAUGUCCAUGGACUCAGAUGGGCUAUGGCAAUUUGGUUUUUAAUUGGUGCAUUGAUUGUUAUUUAUUUGGAAUACCAUGAAAGGCAGCGAAUAGGGCGGCAGAUAUCUGGAAGAGGCAAUUGGGUGCUUGGUAAUCUUGAGGAAGAUGAUUCAGUUGAUCUCUUGAGGCCAACCAGAACAAGUGCAGAUAAAGAGUUACAGCCCUCUGCGAGAAUGGAAGUCCAGUUAGAACCUUUGAACAGAUGAAUUUACAUGCAUUAAGUUCUAAUAGACAGUUAACCCAUUUUUUGCAAACUUCAAGGUUAUUCUGCGAGCUGGCAGGCUUCUUUAUUGGUUAUGAGGUGUUGUUGGAGGUGAAAGGGGAGGCACUUAUCGAUCUCUUUUUUUGACUUAUGUUGCUUUCUAGUUUCCAUGUAGAGUAGUUUUCCUGCAGCAUAUAGUGCGUAUAGUUAUACAUCUUCAACAGAAUAGGUUAUAUAGUUACUUCUACUGUAGCUGUUACUCUGUUUUUUUUUUUUACUUCUUCCCAAAAUAGAAGAAAUCAAACUUUAUAAGGUGAAAGCUUUGUUGUGGAUCAAUUUAGGUUCUGAAUGGUUUAGUUUGAUAGUAUCUCAGAUGAUUUCAGACAUGGUAUUUUAUCUGACCAAAGGCAUUGUUGUAAAUUAUGAGAUUCAGAAAAUUAAUACAACAUUUUUUAUUGUCAA